AUGGGGAACUGCUGUGGAAAAAGAAAAGACUAUAAGCAUGUUAAAACAGAUGAAAAUGAGGUUGCAGAUCUCGAAAAUUUGGAACAGUCACAAUCUGCAACCACAUCACAGAGACUCGAGUUCGUGAUAGAGGAAGAAAGAUCCGAGGAUACUUUACACGUGGAACCUCCUGCCUUACUAAAAACAGAACAUGUGCCAGAUCCAGAGGACACAACAGAUUUCGCUUUUUUCCGAGACCAAAAAACCAUUAAUCAUAUUCAAAAAUGUCAGACGAUGUUUAUAAUGAGGGGCCCCCCUGGAAGUGGAAAAUCAAGCCUGGUUCGUAAGAUAGAAUCUUUAUACAAAUCAACAGUUGUGUGUUCUGCUGAUAACUACUUCAUGUCAGAAGAUGGUCAGUACAAGUUCAAUGCUAGCCAAUUACCUUACGCUCACAAGGACUGUCAAGAUAAGGCAAAGGCAGCAUGUAGUCGUGGUAACAAGGUUGUUGUCAUUGACAAUACAAACACAAAACGUUGGGAAAUGAAAGCUUAUGUAGAAAUGGCUAAGGCAAACCAUUAUGUUGUGAUAAUUGUGGAACCACGGACAAAAUGGCGCUAUGAUGCGGAAGAGUUAGCCAGGCGGAACAGUCACGGAGUAAAGGCAGAAGAUAUAAGAAAGAAACUCCAAGGAUACCAAGAAAGUGAUCCAUACUAUUUUGGAUGGUUUCUGACUGUUAGUGACUCCGUCCACCUGAAAAAUAUAGCAAAAGAAUGUGUGAUUGAGUCAGUGAAAAUUUAUCCAGAAAUUAGAGACAAAAUGUUCCCUAACAUAGAAUCGCUGUCAGACUUGACUGAGGAAAUGGUUUACCAAUACUUCAGCUUAGAAAGCAUAGAAACACCAUGCUUGUUACACUGCACUGCCAAAUUCAUUGGAAAUCCGAAAAAACCUGUCCCACGACGUGCUGAAUACCUACAACGGGAGGAUGUGAAAGCCGCCUGUGGUAAAGUCUUCGAGCUUACAAUCACUGGAAUUACAGUCACACCUCGUACCAUUGGAGCUAGGGUGGUUCUCACAACAGCACAGUGUAAACUCUUUGACAAACCAGAAGAGGAAGAACGUGACAAAUUUCUGGCAAGGUCCUCCUCUGCUAAUAGAGUUAACUCCCUUGGACCUGAAACCAUAUCUAAUACCCUGGAAAGGGGAAGAAGUGCUCAUAUAACCAUCACUGCUGCUGAUGGUGUAAAAAAUGUCCAGACAACAUUUGACCUCUUAGAUAUCUGUGACCUUGAAUGGAAGAAUUUAAGGACUGUUAAAAAUAUUGAGAGUACACAGACUAAAUAUGGCAGUAUGAGGCAUAUAGGGGAAGAUUUUUGUGAAGUUGACCUCUCGACCCCAAUCAGAGUGUGUACUUUAUUCUCAGGAUUUUAUUAA